AUGGAUCUUCCAUCAGCACGCUUCUCUUUUUUCCUCCCGUCUGUUUAUGAUGGCACCAAACUCGAAUGUCGCAUUUAUCUCCCGUCCGCGCUCCAAAAUAUAGAAUCAGCAACAACCUGGCCCAACCGCGGUGCUAUUGUCGCACAUCCCUACGCAACUCUAGGAGGAUGCUACGAUGAUCCAGUCGUCAAUUUCAUUGGCAGUGAGCUUCUACAAGCCGGCUGCGUCGUGGGGACCUUCAACUUUCGUGGAGCUGGAGACUCUGAGGGACGAACAAGCUGGACUGCAAAACCAGAACUUGGUGAUUAUGUGUCGUUCUACGGAUUCAUGUUGCAAUAUCUGCACUUCCUCCAUCUCGCAUUGACCCCAAGGGAGGAAGUAGACUCCUCAAAGCCCCGCAAAGUCAUCGACGGAGUGAAAAAUAACACAGAUAUUCAUCUCAUUCUUGGUGGCUAUUCUUAUGGGUCAUUGAUUGCCUCAAAUGUACCGACCCUCGAUACUAUGCUCAGCCUUUUCCAAUCCACGCCAACUACAACCCCUACAAACGAAUCAACACCAAUACACGAGAUUAGGAGCACAGCAAAACGCAUAGCCGCAUUGUCCCUAGAGCAACUUCAAAUGAGUCAUAAUCUGGCCGAUGUUCCAGACCUCCGUGCAUUGACGACAUCCAUCUCCUAUCUCCUCGUGUCUCCGCUAUUGCCGCCGAUUAGCCAAUUCCUAACUGUAUUCUCGACCUUAUCACUGAACGUGAAAACGGAUACGCCUAAAGGUCCCCACAUCCCCUGCCCGCGUCCAGCAGACCAGCAGAGCACGCACCAUACCCUGGCGUUGUUUGGGGACCAGGAUACCUUCACCUCCGUUGGGAAACUGCAGAGGUGGUCAGACGAGAUGGUGCACAUGCCAUGCAGUCAGUUCCAGUUUCGGAUGAUCGAUGGCGCGGGCCACUUCUGGCGCGAGAAUGGGGUCGAGGUGCGAGCAAGACAUGCGUUGAAGGAGUGGCUCCGCGAAAUAUGA